AUCUCUGGAUUUCUCCUCCCCUAUGGAAAACUGGGAUAUAGAGCAAAAAGGAGUCGUGACACACACACACAGUCUCUCUUUCGCCAUUCUAUAUAUUUACGACUUUUACAGAAUUGUUGCACAAUUGUUCGAACUUGUUUCAGAGAAGCGACAAAAUAUGGGAGAACGGGUCGUACUUCAUGCCACGGUUAAACACACUGCGACGAUAAUAUUUUUACAUGGAUUAGGUGAUUCAGGAUAUGGUUGGGCCACUGCUAUAGGCACUUUGCGAUCUCCUUUUGUUAAACUUAUAUGUCCUACUGCGCCUACAAUGCCAGUAACACUUAAUGGAGGGUUCAGAAUGCCUUCCUGGUUUGAUUUACGAAGUUUGGAUCCUAGUAGUCCAGAAGAUGAAGAUGGUAUACGUAAAGCCGCUGGAACGAUCCAUUCUAUAAUAGCCGAGGAAGUUGCUGCUGGCAUACCCACUUCACGUAUUGUUCUUGGAGGAUUCAGUCAAGGUGGUGCGUUAGCCAUGUUUAGUGCUCUUACAUUCCCAGAACCUUUAGCUGGUAUUAUAGCUCUGUCAGCAUGGCUUCCUUUGCAUCAGAGAUUUCCAGCGGAAGCAAUAGGUAAUAGGAAUACUCCGCUGAUACAAUGUCACGGCGACAUCGAUCCAAUAGUGCCAUAUAGAUGGGGUCAAAUAACGGCAUCACUUUUGAAACAAUUUAUGAGUAAUACAGAAUUUAAAACAUACAGAGGAAUGAUGCAUACAUUUUCUCAAGAGGAAAUGCGCGAUUUACAGGUAUUCAUCGACAAGGUCCUUCCGAAACCGUAAUAAAUUGAAUGCGUCGAUGUUUCAAUGGCUAGUUUGAGCGUUUAAUUGUACAUUAUAUUGAAAGAAUUCCACUUUCACAAAUUAUUUUAUUUUAAUAUGUUAUGUGAAUAUCUUAUAAAGACGUUAAGUAGUAGAAAAUUGUUGAUAAUCUUCCAAAAUACGAAAGCUGGAGUUGCUACAUAGGAAAAAAUACACUCCUUAAAGGAAUAUAUUUAUUUACAAUCUAAAAAAUAAUUUAUGUAUCUAUAUAAAUACGCAGAUACACACAUAUAUAUCUUUCUCUAUAAAAAAAAAAAAAAAGCUUCAUACUUUAAUGUGUCAAAGCGUUCAUGUAGCAAUAUUACGAAGUAAUUCUUGUUGAUCUUUAAUCUCUUUUUUGUAUCUUGUGAUUCUCUCAUUGGCAUUCCUCAAUUCUUUGUAGACCAUUUUAUUUAUACACGCAUAACUCAAUGCAAAUAUAUAAAAAUUAUAUUUAUUCAUAAAUCUACAUUGUUGUGGCGAGAUAUUUUUUAAAUAAUGCGAGGAACCCACACGAAAUUUUUAUACAAAAUUUCUCCAUUAGAUGUCAUAUGGAGUUAUAAACGUCUAUACUUAGAUGUCUAAUGGACAUUAUGUGGGAAUGAGAUAAUGAGGCGUUUUUUUUAUCACUAAUCAGAGUGACUCAUCUGUAAUAUCAGUAAGACAGUAAUACGCAUUUAUAUAUACGUAUUAUAUUGAAGAGCCAUAAUAGUUUUAAGACAAACAGCAAAAUCACAGAAUUUUUUGCAUUAGAAUAUUUUGACAAAAUUUCUUUUGCGUGCGCGUGCGCGUGUUAAGUGGUCAUCUCCAAAAAAAAUUAAAUACAGAUAAAAUAUACGUCCACUCAACACUUAAAUAAUUCUAGCCGAUAAUUCUAGGCAAGCUUUCUGCAUUUACAUUUCUAUCUGAUCAACGAUAUAACCGGUAAAAGUUGCAAUUGAAAUAACUUUGUAGCGAGUAGAAGACGGUAAGAUAUGAGAGAUACAUAUGUAAUUUGUGAUUACAUAUUGCACUGUUCGCAAUCUAUCAGGCUGUUUUACUUAUGAUUAUUUAUAUAACACAUCAGAGGGUUUCUCUCUCUUAAUUACUUGAUAAUUUUCCUCGAAAAAAAUUUAUGAAUCCUCAAAAAGUAAUAUUACUAUUGUUUACGAUAAUACGAAUCUUUGCAUAGUUUUAUUUUAUAAUCGCGUGAAAAAAAAAUCUACUUUUUCAGAUAAUAAAAGAAAAACUACACAUUUAUUUAAAAAAAUAAAUGUAUUAAAAGAAUGUUUAAGUUUGGGAAAUCCUGUGAUACUCACAUAGAAAUAGACGUAUAAUAUUAAUAAUACAGUGUAAAAAAAUUAUCCUAAUA